AUGCUCCGUCGUUCUCUCUUCUUCCUAGGCCUCUGCGGGCUUUCAUUGGCCCAAGACUUGAGUGUUCCCUCGUCUUGGAGAGAGCCUACAAAUAGUCGUUCUUCGUCGGACCGCGUUACCAUCGCGCAGAAUGCCAUCAACGUCAUUUUGGGCCAGCUUGACUCCUCCGAUGCCCAGUUCAAUGGUAUCGGUUGGUGGCAGUCUGGGAACGUAUGGUCCGUUUUAGCGAACCAGGAUCAUAUCACGAGUACCACGACCAACAAAAACAAUGUUGUGAACGCUCUGAACACUGGCUGGAGUCUGUUCGCGAAUUAUGACCAAUAUCAUACAACGACGACGCACUGUGGUGGGCCACAGCCGCGUACUACGCGUACAGGGCUUACGGAGACACCAAUCUGUUGCAACAUGCUAUUGAUACGUGGAACCACGUCUCAGUAUUACACCGACGAUGUGGGAAAUAGCCAGAUCACGGAUGCCGAGGCUUCCAGCGGCAGCAUCCCUGGUAAGAGCUUCAGCAUCGAGGGCUCGUGCAACGGAGCGACCAUGUCAGGCGGUGUAUUUUGGCGACCCACCUCGGACGACCAGGGCAUCAACUCCAUUACAACAGGCCUGGGAGCCUAUCUCGCGGAUGCCACGGGCGACAGCAAGUACGCGAAUGCCGCCUCGGCCGCGGCGACCUGGAUCCGCUCGCACAACAUCAACUCUGAUAACAUCGUUCUCGACACCGUCAACGGCCACGACUGCUCGACGUCGCCCUCUUCGUGGCUCUUCACGUACAACAGCGGCAAAUAUAUCGAGGGGUUGAGCGUACUGGCCGACGUCACCGGUGAUUCAUCUUGGAGGGACCUGGCGGUCAAUAUCAUCGCUGCUGCUACGCACACGAGUGCAUGGCAAGGAAGUAACGGCGUCAUCACCGAGGGCGCAAGCCCGGACAGCAACAAUGACGGCGUCGGAUUCAAGGCGGUGUUCAUCCGUGGGUUGCACGAAGCGUGGACUCGAAGCGCAUCGAACACGGAUCUCCGCAACUUGAUCAGGGCCUAUAUCGAUGUUCAAUACAACGCCCUUCUCGAACUCGCCGCGAACGGUGACUCAUACUCUUCGAGCUGGACGGGCCCUCCACAAUCGUUCACGACGUGGGGACAGCUGGCCGCUUUGGAUGUGUUGACCGCUGCCAUCGAUGUGAACAACUGA